ACGAUGCUGCGAGCGACCGGGAGGAUGAAAGCCGAGGACGAUGAGAUGUAGCGGCGUCGCAGUGAGAGGACACUUUUACUCCUCGCCCGCCUCCUCCUUCCCUCCCCCCGCCCCACCCCGGCCCCCACAUCCCGACGUGAGUCAUGGAGGAGAUGUAGCCGAGAGAGGAGCCGCCGCCGCGCAGUUUUUCAGUGACGCUCCCUCAUAUCUUCCUCUGGCUGACUUCAUCCACUCUGCCUAAGCACAAAGAAGACCCAGUGGACUACUGGAUAAGGCUGAACAGGGCAGCGGACCUCGCAUUUGACGGCCUCCGCAGACAAGGUGGUUCCCAACAUGCCCAAUGCCAGGCUUCAGUGCCUGUGGCGCAAAAUCUCCCAACAGUCAGAGGAAAGACUUCUCACUCGCAUGGUCGACAUGUUUCAGGAGGUGAUGGAGAAAAUGCAGGUGCGCAACACCUCUUGUCCAAUUCGAGGUGCAGGGUUCCAACGUGCUCCUCGUGACCGGCGGAGCAGAGAGGCCGUUUGUAAAUGAGAGACGAGACGAUGAGGUGCUUGUGGAAGUGUGUGGACAAGAUGAGGCGCUUGAGGAAAAGAUCCACGCUGCCUCUGCUGGGCCUCCUCGUCUUCUUCAUGCUGCUCUUCAACCUCUACAUGGAUGACGGAUCCAUGCUGGAGUCUGAGAAACGUCCGCUGUGGGACAGGCUGGCGCAUCAUACGAGCUCCGAGCGAUACGUCCGCACCUUCGAGCACAUGUCCAACUUCUCCGGGACCAUCAACGUGACGUAUCGCUACCUCGCCGGCGUUCCUCUCCCCAGGAGAAAGUACCUGACCAUCGGGCUGGCGUCGGUGAAAAGGAAGCGAGGGAACUACCUGCUGGAGACCCUCAAGUCCAUCUUCGACCAGUCCAGCUACGAGGAGCUGAAGGAGAUCGUGGUGGUGGUCCACCUGGCCGACUUCGACUUGGUCUGGUGCGAGAACUUGGUGCGGGAGAUGAGCAGGAAGUUCGGCCACCACGUCAUCGCCGGCCGCCUGCUGGUGAUCCAGGCUCCCGAGGAGCACUACCCGUCCCUGGACGGUCUCAAGAGGAACUACGACGACCCCGAGGACCGAGUGCGCUUCCGCUCCAAGCAGAACGUGGACUACGCCUUCCUGCUCAACUUCUGCGCCAACCUGUCGGACUUCUACUUGAUGCUGGAGGACGACGUGCGCUGCUCCCGCAACUUCCCGACGGCCCUGAAGAAGGUGAUCGCCUCCAGGGAAGGUUCCUACUGGGUGACGCUGGAGUUCUCCAAGCUGGGCUACAUCGGGAAGCUCUACCACUCCGGGGACCUGCCCCGUCUGGCCCGCUUCCUGCUCAUGUUCUACCAGGAGAUGCCGUGCGACUGGCUCCUGGGCCACUUCCGUUGUCUGCUGGCCCAGAAAGACGUGAUCCGCUUCAAGCCCUCGCUCUUCCAGCACAUGGGCUACUACUCGUCCUACCAAGGAGACGUGAACAAGCUGAAGGACGACGAUUUUGAGGAGGACUCGCUGGACAUACCCGACAACCCUCCGGCCAGCCUCCACACCAACAUCGACGUCUUCGAGAACUACGCCGCCGCCAAGGCCUACAGCACCGUGGACGAGUACUUCUGGGGGAAGCCUCCGUCCACCGGGGACUUCUUCGUCGUGGUCUUCAACAAGUCGGCCAGGAUCCGCAGGAUCCAGGUGGUCACGGGCACGGAGGAGCGCCGGAGCGAAAUCCUUCACCGCGGCGCCCUGGAGGUGGGUCAGAGGAGCGUGCGCGGCAAGCAGGACAGGCAGUGCUCGUCCUACAUCACGCUGGGGGAGUUCAAAGACGGGAAGAUCGAGGCCGUCGACGUGGACCGCAAGAUCGGUUUCGACAUCGAGUGCGUGCGAAUCGUGGUGACGGCCGCUCAGAAGGAAUGGAUCAUCAUCAGAACUAUCAGUCUAUGGACCGCUCAGCCUUGAUCCCUCCUGUCUUCGUUCUGCCAUGCCUUCAGGCGUUUUAUUCAGAACCGUUGAUAUUUUCUCGGCUUCACACGUGCAUUUUGCUUUUCUAUCAUUUCUCCCCCGAGGUAUUUGGGCCACGGGGGAAGACCCAGGACCCGUUGGAGAGACUAUCGCUGUGUACCAAUUCAGGGUCUGCAUCUGUCGAAGGGCGAAUUCGAAGGCCGCUUACGUCACAACGCUGCGCGAAGGCAGUCCCAAUUCCAUACUUGCCAACCCUCCCGAUUUUUCCGGGAGACUCCCGAAUUUCAGUGCCCCUCCCGAAAAUCUCCCGGGGCAACCAUUCUCCCGAAUUUAGCGUCCUCCACAACUUGUCGACGCGUCUGCUUUUUCUCCAUACAAACAGCGUCACAUGUUGUAUACGGCUUCUGCAUACACACGAAAGUGACUGCAAGGCAUACCUGAUCAACAGCCAUACAGGUCACACUGAGGGUGGCCGUAUAAGCAACUUUAACACUGUUACAAAUAUGCGGCACACUGUGAACCCACACCAAACAAGAAUGACAAACACAUUUCGGGAGAACAUCCGCACCGUAACACAACAUAAACACAACAGAACAAAUACCCAGAAUCCCUUGCAUCCCUAACUCUUCCGGGCUACAAUAUACACCCCCGCUAUCACCAAACCAAUCUCCCGAAUUCGAAGGUCUCAAGGUUGGCAAGAAUGCCCAAUUCAUUCAAAUUCGAAGGCUCCUCCAAAUGCACCCUCCUUUCCCCUGUAUUCGGAGGAUGCACCACGACUAUCCUUCGUGGGCUACCAUAUCCCAAGAUGCUUUGCGCGUCUUUGUUCAACCCGGAUCUUUUUGACGAUGGCGGCAAAUACAAGCAGCGGCACCGGCACCGGCAGCGAAUACACUUUCAAAUGUAGGUAUCCUCCGCAGGCUCGACUGUCCCAUUUAAUAACGGGUGACGCCUCCUUCUGAGGCGGCAUAGGCCGGGGUCCUCCGAAGGAUGCAGACCCUGAAUUGGGACCCAGCUUAGGUCUCCCGGCUGGCCUGGCAAACCCCUCGGGAUCCCCCGGCAGGGGUAGGCUUCUCUGCUUAGGCUGCUUCCCCCGCGACCCGAACCCUAAAUGGAAGAAUAUGAACGGAUCACUUCUCCCAUACAGAGUCCAACCUUUGUACUUCAUUUUCCUAAUAUA